AUGGCAACUGUGAAGAAUGAUCCAAACACUUUUUGGGUCACCAAAUAUCUGAACGUGCAUACAUGUUCUAAUGUGGACCGCGUAGCUAACCGUAAGCGUUGCACCUCAAAAUAUAUGGGGAGGCUUUUUAUAGACCGGGGCUUUACAAUAUGCCCAAGAAUAUGUGAGAGGAAGCGCCGAAUCUGGAUAUGCGAAUUGCCUUAUUGUCUUAGGAAAAUAGAGCAGUCAAACCCAGGAAGUGUCGUUGACCUUGUUGUUGAUGACGAGCAUAGGUUUAAGUACAUUUUCAUAUCUUUCGAUGCUUCAAUAUGUGGUUUCAAUUACGUGAGGCGAGUUAUUGUGGUUGAUGGGACCCAUCUCACCGGCAAGUAUGAAGGUGUAUUGUUAGUCGCUUGCGCACAGGAUGGUAACUUUCAGAUAUUUCCGUUGGCUUUUGGAAUUGUCGACUCAGAGUGUGAUGCUUCAUGGGUUUGGUUUUUCCUUAAAUUAAGUGAGUGUAUCUUGGAUGAAUAUUCAUUGGUAGUAGUUUCGGAUAGGCACAGCUCAAUAGCUAAAGCAUGUCGCAAUGUUAUCCCAUGGGCAACAAGAGGGAUAUGUUACUACCAUCUCCAACAAAACAUAAUUUCUAAUUUCAAUGGGAAGCAACUGAUGUACUUGGUGAAAGGGGCAGCAUAUGCACAUACACAUGAUGAUUACAACCGCUACAUGGCUUCGCUUACUAACGUAAAUCCGGCUCUUGCAGCCUACUUAAAUGAGGCAGAUCCAGCUUUAUGGUCUCGAGUUUACUGUCCAGGAGAUAUAUACAACAACAUCAAGACUAGCAACAUUGCGGAAUCUAUCAACUCCACGCUAAAGAAAGCCAAAGGUUAUCCGAUCGCAUAUCUCAUUGGGUUUAUUAUGAAAAAGUUAGAGCAUUACACAUAUAUGAUGACGGUCGAACGCAUUGAUGGUUGGCUUUUCCACGUUAAUGGUGGGCAACAUGACUGUUUGGUUGACUUGGAAGCAAAAUCUUGUUCAUGCGGGGUGUUUGGUGUUGAGAAAAUACCAUGUUCACAUGCAAUUAAGGCUGCCAAGUCAAGUGGAUGGCAUAUGUCUACCGUGGUCGACGCUUACUAUAGAAAAGAUUAUGUAUAUGCAUCGUACGCGACUAACAUCAUGACCAAUGUCGAUCAUGAUCCGAUUGGGCCAAAUAUCCAAUGUAUACCUCCCAUACCGAACGGAAGCCUGACUUGGUCAGACGAAGGACCGUCAGGUGGUUGGCAAAAGCGGAGCUUAUUGGAGGCGAGGGAUGAGAUCCGUCGGCAGAAGGAAGAAAUCAAGCUAAUGAAAGGGUUCAUUGUUGUCAUGGCCAUGUGUCUUGGGAUGUGUGUGAAGUAG